CAGCUUGUUUAGAAUUUUUUCCCCCUUCCUUUCGACCACGUGGAGGAACAUCGACCUCUCAGCAGGCCUGCACAUUGAAACCUGCGGCUUAUUAAACCCUUUUUACCGUCUGCUGUGGGACGCUGCUCUGGGACCGAGAUGUCCUCGGCAGGACAGACCUCCAGGAGCCUGGAGAUCCCGGCUGUCCGUAGGAUCGCCAUCCAUGAUGCAGCCCACAUGCCCAAGGAGUACUCCACCACUCCGGGGGGAACUCUCUUUAGCACCACACCAGGAGGUACCAGAAUCAUUUAUGACAGGAAGUUUCUGCUACAGUGUCGGAGCUCUCCACUGACCCGAACUCCUCCCAAACUUCCUGAUAUUCCUGGUGUGACAAGGCCAAUCGACCCGGACUCCUCCAACAAUGAAAAUCCGCCCGAGGAAUCACCCAGCAACAAUGAAGACGACCACAACCUGCAUAUGGAGGAGAACUCCGAGGACGCCCAGUUUGAAAUGGACAUCUAGAUGCCAGCAGCAAUGAGUAAUGUAGGGUGCUAACAACUAUGAGCUUAUAAAAUGAUUCAAAUAACAAAUCUAGUCUUAGUCAGCUUUAAAGUCUGACAGAAAACAACCAGGUAUUUUUUUUUUUUUUAUAUCAAAUAUUAGCUAAUCUGUUGAAGCUUGAAAAAAAGAAUUCACAAAAAUUUAUUUUCACUUUGCUUCAUCACCUUGUGUAACUGAUGACAAGUAAUUCCUGUUAUUUUUUAUUUUAUUUGAUUUUAGUUAUAAAUGCUUUCAAAAUGACUAUAUAAGAAGGUGUUAAUAGCCAAUCUGUUGAUAUGACUACUGUACUUGGCAAUCUAAUUUUUGGACUCUGUAAUGGCUGCUUCUGGCCACUUGAGGGCAGCAGAUAAAAUCUACAUGACUUCUCAAUUUCCUGUCCAUUUAUUUGCUACAUUUCCAGCUGAUGAGACUUGCUCACUGUACUGUUACAUGAAUUUUAAAAUGUGGUUUUGUUACUAUAGAACUGUUUUAUGCCUUUAUUCUCAGUCAUCGCUCGUUUGCUUUUUAAUCUCAAUGAAUAUUUUCUAAUCAUUUGCCUGCAAGAUGGUAAAUACUUUGUCUCUCAAUUAACAAACCAUUUAGUUUAAGCUUGGAGCCUUUUUAUUAUUGUGAAGUUCAUUAAAAGUGUUUGUAUAUUCAUUAACCAAAA